ACUAAGCGAAUGUGUGCCCUGCGCCAGAGAGAGUAGGAGAGGUAGCCAGUUAACGUUGGACCAAAUACCCGUUUUUCCACCCCACAAAAAAAAAAAUGGAAAUGGUCACUGAAAUUAGGACUAAGGGAUCCUCGCGGACACCCGGAGAACCAGGGCAACAGAGCAGCGAGGAGAUGUCCUCCGGGCACCAGCGGCGGCUGCUGGAGCAGCUGGACGAGCAGCGGCGGGCGGAGCUGUUCUGCGACUGCAGCGUGCUGGUGGAGGGCCGGCUGUUCCGCGCGCACCGCAACGUGCUGUUCGGCUGCAGCGGCUACUUCCGCAUGCUGCUGCAGCAGGGCGCCCGCGGCCCGGCCCCCGAGCCCGCCAGCGCCUCCUUCGACGUCUUCAGCCCCGACGUCUUCGCCGUCAUCCUGGACUUCGUCUACUCCGGCCGCCUGGGCCUCACCAGCCACAACGUCAUCGAGGUCAUGUCCGCCGCCAGCUACCUGCAGAUGAACGACGUCAUCAGUUUCUGUAAGGGCUUCAUCAAGUCCUCGCUGGACAUCAGCGCCAAGGAGGACGAUGAGGCGGACCGCCCGCUCGUGUUGCCCGGCAACGGCAGCGGCGGGGGGCGGGGCCGCGGUGCAGACGCCGACCAGCAGGGGGCGGUGCUGCUCCCCUCCCCCCAAAGCCAGGACCCCGGCAGCCCCCCCCAGGCCUCCCCCUGGCCGGCGUACUGCCACAGCCCGGAGGUGGAGGAGUACUACCCGGAGGCCAAGCCCGCCUCCCAGAAACGCAGCGCCCCGGCUGGCGGGCGGGGCGGGCGCAGGGCCCAGCAGCGCCCCCCGGUGGUGGAGGAGCAGGGGGGGUUCCCGCCGGAGGGCCGGGGGAAGGGCCCGGGGCCGGGGAAGAGGAAGGGCUGGAGCGCGGAGCCCGAGACGGACGCGGUGUACUCACUCGACCUGCAGGGGGAGCCCUCGCUGAAAACGCAGAAGGCUGACGAGCUGUACGCCACGCUGCCCACCAUCGUGGGGGUGGUGGGCUUCUUCAACAAAGACUCCAGCCCCUCCAUGCGCUUUAAGUGCCCGUUCUGCACGCACACGGUGAAGAGGAAGGCGGAUCUGAAGAGGCACCUGCGCUGCCACACGGGCGAGCGGCCCUACCCCUGCGAGGCCUGCAGCAAGCGCUUCACCCGCCUGGAGCACCUGCGCAGCCACUUCGACACGAUCCACCAGGCGCGGAAGUUGGUGUGCAGGAAGUGCAAGCGUCACGUGACGGAGGAGAGCGGCCGCGUGGUGAGCGAGGGCACCCGGCGGUACCGUCUCUGCACGGAGUGCCUGCAGGGCGGGGGCUGCGAGGGCGUGGCCACGGCCAGCCCCGACGGCUCCGGCGGCCAAUCGGAGCUCUACCUGGCCGUCGACGGCGAAGACGACCACGAGAAGGCGUGGCUCCUCGAGGACGAGGACGAGCUGGCGGAGGACUCCGGCGCCGACCUCAUCAUCCAGGAGGUGGACGACAGCGAGGAGGAGCUGGACCUGCAGUGCGAGAACAAGCCCGUCUUCACCUAGAACAGCGCCCUCUGCCGGUGCGGAGGCGGCACUGCGUUAAACUUGGCUGUACGUCAUCUAGAUCACGUGUCAGACUCCAGGCCUGGAGGGCCGCAGUGUCUGCAGGUUUGACUCCAGUCCUGGAGGGCUGCAGUGUCUUCAGGUUUAACUCCAGUCCUGGAGGGCCGCAGUGUCUUCAGGUUUAACUCCAGUCCUGGAGGGCCGCAUUCCCUGCAGGUUUAACUCCAGUCCUGGAGGGCCGCAUUGCCUGCAGGUUUAACUCCAGUCCUGGAGGGCCGCAUUGCCUGCAGGUUUAACUCCAGUCCUGGAGGGCCGCAGUGUCUGCAGGUUUAACUCCAGUCCUGGAGGUCCACAGUGUCUGUGGGUUUAACUCCAGUCCUGGAGGUCCACAGUGUCUGUGGGUUUAACUCCAGUCCUGGAGGUCCACAGU